AUGACCGUUAGGCCAAGUAAGUGUGAAAUUGGAUUUAAGGAAUUUCAGUAUCUUGGCCAUACUUUGGGUGAUGGGAGGUGUAGCUCUCAGAACGACAAAAUUAAGAAGAUAAAAGAUGCACCGCGACCCACAACUAAGAAGCAAGUACGGUCUUUCUUAGGGCUAACUGGAUAUUACCGUAGCUUUGUGCCUAACUUCGCAGUGUUAGCUCUCCCACUCUUUGAUCUGUUGAAGAAACACGCCCCGAAUAAGAUUCGCUGGGGAGAUGAACAGGAGGUUGCUUUUAAUUCACUUAAGAAAUUAUUAUGUAAACCACAUGCCUCUGGAGAGUCCAAUAACGCGAACGCUCGUUUGAUGCGCCGGGCGAUGUAUCUGCAGCAGUUCAACUUCGCCAUCCGCUACAUAAGGGAGCGCAAAUGUCGAUGCAGAUUUUCUCUCUCGUCUCGUGGAGAACGACUGGCAGGAGUCGGAGGAAUGCACAGCAAUCGGUCGGCGUCAGAGAGCGCACCUGAGUGA